CCGGCUAUUUAAAGCACUGGUCAUAUGGAUAUGUUCGUUAUUCGCAUAUCAUAUUAUAUUUUUCCAUGGGGAUAUGUUCGCCUAGUAGUUAUAUAAUGAUUGUUGUUAAUUAUCACUACACAAUUUAUACAUAAUAUUAUCACGAUCUCAUCAAUUGUUUAAUUAUCUGGCUAGGGACGAUUUAUUAUAUUGCUAGUUGCUACCUGUGCAGGCCGGACUUGGCAUUAAUCAGCGAAACGAUGGGUCCAUAGCAUUAAUCAGCUCUGUCUCAACUCUCCUCCACAACCCUAUAAAUGGACACACCAUUUCUUACCUUUUCUUCAUCCAUCUUUCCACACUACUAAUAAUAAGCUUAAAAAGAUGACUUCAAAGACAUUUAUUCUGAUAGGCCUUUCUUUGGCCCUUGUUCUCCUCAUCGCUUCCGAGGUCUCCGCUAGGGACCUAGCGGAGACUUCAACUAAAAAUGUAGCUGAGAAAGCGAAUGAGGUGGCUGAGGAUCACAAACAUGUAGACGGCUACGGAGGCGGCGGGCAUUACGGAGGAGGCGGGCCAUACGGCGGCGGAGGCGGGCAUUACGGAGGAGGCGGGGGACAAUACGGAGGAGGAGGCGGACAAUACGGAGGCGGCGGCGGGCAUUACGGGGGAGGCGGCGGACAUGGAGGAGGCGGCGGCGGCCAUGGAGGAUGCAGAUAUGGAUGUUGCGGUUACAGUUGCCAGAGGUGCUGCUCUUACCAGGGGGAGGCUGCAGAUGAAGCUGCGGCUGGACAGCCAUAAUUAAUUAAAUAAUUAAUUAAAGCUUUUUGAAUAAUUACAUAAUUAAUCAAAGCUUUUUAAUUAAUUAUUUAAUAUGGAUUCAUAUCUAUAUAUAUGGUCUGGCAUAUGAUAUGCUGCUAGUUGAGGAGUGUUGUGUGUGAUGAUUAACUAGCAAGCAGCAUGCCAAGUCCAUAUAUGAAUGGUGUGGGCCCGACCCGGUCCCUAAAUAUGGGCCACCGUACCCUUCUAUCUUCAAUAACGCAGUGAUGUUGUACGUACCUCUCUGCAGUAUAUAUUCGUGAUCAAUAAAAACAACCACUUGUUCCUACCAUUGACUACUCUUUAGUGUUUUCUUUAUUCAUAUCGAUAAUUGUGAAUAGAAAAAUGCUUUAGGUAGACGUUUUGUGUACACGUUUUGUGUACACAUGUCUGUCCUUCACAGACAAAUUGUCUGUCACGGACAAAUUGUCUGUCACGGACAAAUUGUCUGUGAAGGACAGACAUAUGUACACAAAAUGUGUAUCAUUUGUCCGUGAAGGACAGACAUAUGUACACAAAAUGUGUACCUCUAGCAAAACCCGAUAUAAACAAUGACUAGAAGGUUUUAAUAUAAACGGAAAUGGUUGCCCUUUCCAAAACGGAAACCAGAAGGUUUUAAUAUAAACAAUGACCUAAUAUUGUUGAUUAUUGUGUGUAGGUCAAGAAAGUGUACCCGAUAGGCUUCUACACUUUGGUGCUUGUGAAUAUGCCUCAUGAAUUUGGAUCUGAUAUUCAGUUGAGAAAUUGCCCAUAAUAGAGUAAACAUGGUCCAAAUUCACAAAUAGGCCUUACGUGUUUUUAUUUAGACUGUUUACCAGAUAGUUAUAAAAUACACAAAAACCAAAUGUUUACCAGACCGGUUUAGACCAUACCAGAAUGGACUAGAAAAUUAUAGUUCUAGUAAAAACAUCCCUAUUAUGUUUAUGUUUCAUUCAUACAUAGUACGAGUAUAUUGGUAAAAAAAUGUUGGUCCUAUUUAAAUUUGUCCUAUGUUUAUGUCUUAAUUAGGAGAUUUCUCUGCUAAUUAAACUCUCCUUGUACGUAAUCGGGUACAAUCAAUUGAUAUGUUUUUAUUAUUCUUAGCCAGGCCAUUUAAAAUUUAAAUCAUGCUCACACCGUAAGGCUGGAUAUAUUCCAUUUCUGAUUUGGCAAGCCAAACAAACAUAAUGUCAUACAAUUUUACUUAUUUAAAAGGGAAAAUCGCACUUUUAGUCCCUGAAAUAGUCACGAAAAUGAAAUGUCAGACCCGUAUUUCUGAUAUUGUAAAUGUCACCCCUCAAUUAUCCAAAUUGUUGUA